AACGGUUGUUUGAAGUCGAUGUUUUAAAGCGGACACUCCUUAGAAACGCACAAGCGCAUCGUCUACUAGUACGCAGUAACCUACCAGCAUAUUCUUGUCAACAGCAGCUUUGAGACAGAGCACUCUGUCUUAUUAAACAUAAGUAUGUCUAUAUUUACGCCAACAAAUCAAAUACGGCUGACAAAUGUGGCGGUGGUAAGGAUGAAGAAAGGAGGGAAGCGGUUUGAAAUCGCCUGCUACAAGAAUAAAGUUAUGAACUGGAGAGCAGGAGCAGAGAAAGACCUGGAUGAGGUUUUACAGACCAGCUCAGUCUUCGUUAAUGUGUCCAAAGGUCAGGUGGCUAAGAAAGAUGACCUGACCAAAUGUUUUGGGACGGAUGAUCUGACAGAAAUUUGUAAACAGAUCCUGGCCAAAGGAGAGCUCCAAGUGUCAGACAAGGAAAGGCAGUCUCAGCUGGAGACGAUGUUCAGGGACAUUGCGACCAUUGUGGCAGAGAAGUGUGUCAACCCUGAGACCAAGAGGCCGUAUACAGUCAAUCUGAUUGAGCAGGCGAUGAAGGACAUCCACUACUCUGUAAAGGCCAACAAGAGCACUAAACAGCAGGCUCUGGAAGUGAUCCGGCAGCUGAAGGAGUCCAUGGAGAUCCAGAGAGCCCACAUGAGGCUGCGCUUGGUGCUGCCAGCCAAGGAGGCCAAGAGGCUGAAGGAGAAGCUGAAGACUCUCCUGCAGGUUGUGGAGAGUGAAGACUUUGACGAGGAGCUGGAAAUGGUGUGUCUGGUGGACCCCGGCUGCUUCAGGGAGAUCGAUGAGCUGAUCCGCUGUGAGACUAAAGGCCGAGGUACUCUGGAGGUUCUCAGUCUGAAGGAUGUGGAGGAGGGAGAUGAGAAAUUCUAGUAACCCAACCAGUCCGGACUCUGCACCUUACCCACACUAACAUUCGUCACUGCGGUCCACAAAGGGCAAUCUCAUUAAAAAGAUUAAAAAGUCUAUUUUAUUUUGAGGAAACCUAUGAUAAUUUCUGCCAUUCCUGUUUUCUGAAUCUCUCCUAUGUUAACAGGAUUUGUUUAACUGAAGAAAAGGUUUAGCCAGAUUUGCUGGCUGGCUGGAAUGUAUUUGGAAAUAUAUUUGAUCAAACUUGCAGCUCAGUAAAAAGGUCUGGCGUUUGUUCACAUAUUUAUUCAGUGAUUUAAUUUAGAACUUCUAUCAUUAACAGAACGUUUCUGCCUUCCAUAUGUGCCAUCUAUAGUCAUGCUCAAUAUCCCUGUUUUAUGGAUAUUAAUUUAACUCUUUAACUUAUAUUUUGUCAUAAUGAAUGAGCUUGCUCUGCAGAAAAUAAAUAUGUAACGGAAUA